UUGUUGGUUAUGCAAGUCAAAGAUGUUACAUCCUUUUUCAGUAAUUCUUGGGAUUUUCUAGAAGCCAUUAUUGGGAUAUUGGCAGCCUCGCUAAACUCGUCUAUUUGUACGAAAUUAAAAUGGCGGCGACAACACACGAAGAAAUUGAAGAGACAGUGCGAAAAUUGCAAGAAAAAAAACAAAACUUACUGAACAAAGACCCUGAGGAAGUUAGAGUUGGUCUAGGCUCAGAGGGUCAUUUUGACACAGAUAUCUAUGGCGGCAGUGGUUUUGAUGGCCAAUACGUUACAUCAAUUGCUGCUAAUGAUGAAGUGGAUGAUGAUGAUGAUGUCACACCUGCCUACACCAAGAAAUCUACUUACAAUGCACCACUUAAUCUACUGCAUGAUGCAUCUAAUGACCAGGACUUUGAUCCCAUGGCGGAACACCGAGUUCCUAGGAUUGCUGACAGAGAGGACGAGUAUAGAGCCAGACGUCGUCAAAUGAUAAUUUCACCAGAGCGAUACGAUCCUUUUGCCCAAGGUGGAAAAACUCCAGAUCCUACGCGUGCUGGAAGGACCUACACUGACGUGAUGGCAGAGAGGUCUUUACAAAAAGAACAAGCAGCUCUAAGGCAACAAAUGCAGGAGAAAGCUAAAGCUGGAGAGUUAAAAGUUGUCAAUGGUUCAGAUGCCCAAAAACAGACUUCCAAGCGAAGACGAUGGGAUCAGGCUGGUGGUGAAGAAGUAGCAGCGAAGAAGAAGUCAUCUUGGGAUGCAGCAGAGGCCACUACACCAUCAAACAGUCGUUGGGAUGAAACACCUGGUAGAGCAAAAGGAGCAGAAACUCCUGGUGCUACGCCCAGUUCACGUGCUUGGGAUGCUACACCUGGCCAUGCUACCCCAGGUGCUGUGACUCCUGGCAGAAGUGAUGAGACACCUGGUCAUAAAAAUACUCCAAGUGCUAGAAAAAAUCGUUGGGAUGAAACACCUAAGACAGAAAGAGAAACUCCUGGUCACAAUAGUGGAUGGGCAGAGACACCAAAAACUGAUAGAGGUGGUGACCUGAUUGAAAGUACUCCAACACCUGGAGCAAGUAAGCGAAGGUCCAGGUGGGAUGAGACCCCAGGAGCAGCUACUCCUUCUGCCAUGACUCCUAGUAUGACUCCAGGCCAGAUGACUCCUAGCAUGACUCCAGGUGGAAUGACCCCAGGUGGGAUGACACCUAGUAUGACUCCAAGUGGGGUAACGCCCACCGGUGCCAAGGCCAUGGGCUUGGCCACCCCAACUCCUGGUCAUCUCAUUUCAAUGACACCUGAACAGUUGCAGGCUUUCUCGUGGCAGAGAGAAAUUGAUGAAAGGAACAGACCUUUGUCAGAUGAUGAGUUGGAAUCAAUGUUUCCUCCAGGCUACAAGGUUUUGCCUCCCCCAGCUGGCUAUGUGCCAAUUAGAACACCUGCUCGUAAACUGUUGGCUACACCCACCCCUCUAGUUGGUACACCCAUGGGCUUCAGAAUGCAGACUCCAGACAAUAAGAGCAGCAAAGACAUGAUUGUAGAUAUGCAGCCAAAGGGAAACUUGCCCAUGAUGAAACCUGAUGAUAUGCAGUACUUUGACAAGUUGUUGGUUGAUGUGGAUGAAGAAACUUUGUCACCUGAAGAACAGAAAGAAAGAAAAAUAAUGAAAUUACUUUUAAAGAUAAAAAAUGGAACCCCACCUAUGAGAAAAGCUGCACUACGUCAAAUCACAGACAAAGCUCGAGAGUUUGGUGCUGGUCCUUUAUUCAACCAAAUUCUCCCAUUGCUCAUGUCCCCAACAUUGGAAGACCAGGAGAGACAUCUCUUGGUGAAAGUCAUUGACAGAAUUCUGUACAAACUGGACGACUUGGUCCGACCUUACGUUCACAAGAUUCUUGUGGUCAUUGAACCUCUACUGAUUGAUGAAGAUUACUAUGCCAGAGUGGAGGGCAGGGAGAUCAUUUCUAAUUUAGCCAAGGCUGCUGGUCUGGCUACAAUGAUUGCUACCAUGCGUCCAGAUAUUGACAACAUGGAUGAGUAUGUCAGAAACACAACUGCUCGUGCUUUUGCUGUGGUGGCUUCAGCUUUGGGAAUCCCUUCCCUUCUGCCUUUCUUGAAAGCUGUGUGUAAAAGCAAAAAGUCUUGGCAGGCUCGACACACAGGCAUAAAGAUUGUCCAGCAGAUCUCCAUUCUCAUGGGAUGUGCCAUCUUGCCUCACUUAAAAAGUUUGGUUGAGAUUAUUGAGCAUGGUUUGGUUGAUGAACAACAGAAAGUAAGAACUAUCACUGCCUUAGCCUUGGCAGCUCUUGCUGAAGCUGCUACACCUUAUGGCAUUGAAUCUUUUGACAGUGUUCUCAAACCCCUUUGGAAAGGUAUUCGCCAACACAGAGGAAAGGGUUUGGCUGCCUUCUUGAAAGCUAUUGGUUAUUUGAUCCCCCUCAUGGAUGCUGAGUAUGCAAACUACUACACAAGGGAAGUAAUGUUGAUUCUGAUCAGAGAGUUUCCUUCUCCUGAUGAGGAAAUGAAGAAGAUUGUCUUGAAAGUAGUCAAACAGUGUUGCGCAACUGAUGGUGUGGAAUCUCAGUAUAUCAAGGACGAAAUUUUACCACCAUUUUUUAAGAACUUCUGGAAUCAGAGAAUGGCUCUUGAUAGACGUAAUUACAGACAGCUUGUGGACACAACUGUGGAAAUAGCCAACAAAGUUGGAGCAGCAGAGAUCAUCGGUAGAGUUGUGGAUGACUUGAAGGAUGAGGCUGAACAGUACCGCAAGAUGGUAAUGGAGACCAUUGAGAAGAUUAUGUCUAACUUGGGAGCCAGUGACAUUGAUUCUCGUCUUGAGGAGCAACUUAUUGAUGGUAUUCUGUAUGCCUUCCAGGAACAAACAACUGAGGAUGUUGUCAUGUUAAAUGGAUUUGGUACUGUGGUAAAUGCUCUAAGUAAAAGAGUCAAGCCAUACCUACCCCAGAUGUGUGGUACCAUCUUGUGGCGUCUCAACAAUAAAUCUGCCAAGGUUAGACAGCAGGCAGCUGACCUCAUCUCAAGAAUAGCUAUUGUUAUGAAAACUUGUCAAGAGGAAAAACUUAUGGGCCAUCUUGGUAUUGUGCUGUAUGAGUAUCUUGGAGAAGAGUAUCCUGAAGUGCUAGGUUCUAUCCUUGGUGCCCUCAAAGCCAUUGUCAAUGUUAUUGGUAUGACCAAAAUGACUCCACCCAUUAAAGAUUUGUUGCCCAGAUUAACACCCAUUUUGAAAAACAGACAUGAAAAAGUCCAAGAAAACUGUAUUGAUUUAGUUGGUCGUAUUGCUGAUCGUGGUCCUGAGUUUGUAUCGGCAAGAGAAUGGAUGAGAAUUUGUUUUGAAUUAUUAGAACUUUUGAAAGCCCACAAGAAAGCUAUUCGGAGAGCAACAGUUAACACAUUUGGCUACAUUGCUAAAGCUAUUGGUCCCCAUGAUGUUCUGGCCACCUUGUUAAAUAACCUUAAAGUUCAGGAGAGGCAGAAUCGUGUGUGUACAACAGUAGCCAUUGCCAUUGUGGCAGAAACUUGUUCCCCCUUUACAGUUUUGCCUGCCCUGAUGAAUGAGUACAGGGUCCCUGAGCUCAAUGUUCAGAAUGGUGUUCUCAAAUCUCUGUCUUUCAUGUUUGAGUACAUUGGUGAGAUGGGGAAAGAUUAUAUUUACCCAGUAGCACCUUUGUUAGAAGAUGCUUUGAUGGACAGGGAUCUGGUGCAUCGACAGACUGCCAUGGCUGCUAUCCAACACAUGGCCCUGGGUGUGUGUGGCUUUGGUUGUGAGGAUGCCCUGGUACAUCUUCUGAAUUAUGUUUGGCCCAAUAUCUUUGAGAACUCUCCCCACGUUGUCCAGGCAUUUAUGGGUGCAGUGGAAGGUCUGAGGGUAGCUAUUGGUCCAUCCAAAAUAUUCCAGUAUGCCAUGCAGGGCCUAUUUCACCCAGCCAGAAAAGUGCGAGAUGUUUACUGGAAGGUUUACAACACAGUCUAUAUUGGAGCCCAAGAUGGACUCAUUCCUUCAUACCCACGUAUCCCCAAUGAUGCAAAAAAUCAGUACAUUCGUUAUGAGUUGGAUUAUGUAUUGUAGUUUUAUUUCAUCUUCAUAUGUCUCUGUAAAUAAUUGAUUGACAUCUUAAACAUAACAAUACCACUCAAUAGACAAACCAAAUUGGUGUAGCUAGUACUGAAUGGUUUAAAUGUUUCUUUAGCUUAUUAAGAAACCUGUCACAAUUACCUUUGUUACAUUUAUAUAUUAAAAAUUGUUUUUGUCCAAAUUUUGUAUUUUCGUAUGUUUAUUUAUUAUUUUUUUGUGUGUGAAUGUACUUUCCCAAACCAGUAAUUAAAAUCAUAAGAUUUUUUUAUAGUAUUGUGUCCCUCAAUUUCAGGCAAACAAAUAGUCAGAAUAUAUAUAUAUAUGUAUACUAUGUUUUAAAAUAUAUAUAUAUAUGUAUACUAUGUUUUGAGAAAAACAAGCAUCAUCCCAUAUGAUUCCAGUGCUUGAGAAGACCUUACAGCUUAGAAUCAAGCAAGUAAUCUUUUUUUUUUUUUUUUUUUUUACGUCAACAACAUUUGAGCAAAGAAACCUUAACUUUGUUUUGACAUUACUUAGUACUUCACAGGUUGACAGUUGCUAUAAAUCAUUUUAGUUCAGUCUUUGAUGUUUUAAUUACAUUUUUAGCAAUGUCUUUAUUUUUGGUUAAUGUCCCUCUUAAAGCUGUAAGUUUGUUUUUUUUAAGUGGGAGGGGUGUUAUUAGUUUGGGAAAAUAUGUUUCAUUUUUUAGGCUUUUUUAGUUAUGUGUUAAGUAGACUAAUCUGUUUUUAAAAAGUUUUUUUUUUUUUUUUUUGUGAUAAAGCUAUUGCAUUUGGAAAUAAUUUUGGCAAACAACGUACAAAAACCUUUUUUUUUAAUGUUAGGAUUUUCUGUUUGUUCAUGUUUAAGGGUUGUCAAUAAAGUGUAUUCUACAAAACAAA